AACAAACAUUAAUUAAAUAUUUCCAAAAAUCAUAGCCGUCAAUUUCAAAUUCACGCCCAUCUUUCCUCUAUAUAAAUACCCUGGUUUGUUCUAGACAUUCCCAAAGACAGAGUAAACCUCACUCAAAUAUCCUUCCAUCUCUUUACGUGGUGAUAGAUUUUUCUUUCCUUAUUCAUCAUCAAAAAUGGCUUCAGGCAUAGUUGUGAUUUUCGAUUUCGAUAAGACGAUUAUCGAUUGCGAUAGCGACAAUUGGGUGUUGGAUGAGUUGGGGGCAACGGAGUUAUUCAAUCAACUACUCCCCACCAUUCCUUGGAACUCUCUUAUGGAUCGAAUGAUGACAGAACUUCAUUCACAAGGAAUAAAAAUUGAGGACAUUGUGGCUGUUCUAAAAAGAACUCCAAUACAUGCCCGAAUCAUCCAAGCCAUUAAAUCAGCUCAUGCUUUAGGAUGUGAUUUGAAGAUUGUAAGCGAUGCGAAUGUGUUCUUCAUCGAGACAAUUUUGGACCAUCAUGGGCUGAGGGAAUGCUUUUCAGAGAUCAAUACGAACCCAAGUUUCAUCGAUGAAGAAGGCAGGCUAAGAAUCUUCCCUCACCAUGAUUUCACUAAAUCUCCUCAUGGAUGUCAUCAUCCCUGCCCUCCAAACAUGUGCAAGGGUAUCGUGAUUGAAAGGAUCCAAGCUUCUCUGUCCAUGGAGAAAAAGAAAACAAUAAUCUACCUUGGCGAUGGGAUUGGUGAUUUCUGCCCAAGUUUGAAGCUUGGAGAUGGGGACUAUGUAAUGCCAAGGAAGAAUUUCCCUGUUUGGGACUUGAUUUGCAAAAUUAGGGGGCUAAUGAAGGCAGAAGUAUGCGAAUGGAGCAAUGGAGAGGAGUUUGAGUAUAUGUUGCUCCACCUUAUUAGCAGGAUUUCCAUGAAUAAAAUCAACAGUGGCAAUACUGCUCAGCUAUAUUCAGUUGAUUGCAAGCUACAAACAGUGCCAGGCGCUGCCCGUGAAACCAUCUCCCAGGCCAUUUCUCUUCCUUAUUAGAAGUUAAACUUGAAGUUGAAAUGGCGAAUUAAUUUCUGACAAUGUGAUGUCUUUUAGCUUUGGAAAUCCACUUUACCCUCGCAUUUGGGCAUUCAAAUUAAUUGAUUAUAAUUGACAAUAAGAUGACAAAU